CUGGUUAACUUGGCAAUUUCUAUUUAUUAGACAACGCUAUAAUCGUAGUUUGGAAGCUUAGAAAGGCUAAAUUAUACUCAAAAUAAGUUAUAUUUACAGAACUUGUUUUUCAAGGGUUAAAAAUAAAUAACUUAAACAAUAAGUAACGUUUCCACGUAUAUCUACUAUAAUUUCCAAUGAAACCUACAGAAGAGAGAGUUGGUGUCUUUGCUGGUAUGGUACGAGUUAUUUCAUGUCACCAUUUUGAUUCUCAAGAUGUUUUUAUGUCAGAGCAUGAACCUCUUGCACUUUGUGCUGCUCAGGAAAAACUGUUAGUAGCCACUGUACAACAUAGUGUAGAAGUUCGAGACCUAAAUUUAAGAGGGCGAUUAUUACAUGUCUUUCCAACCGUUGACCAAGUAAAGCAGUUAAUUUAUUGUGAUGCAGGAAACUAUGUAGCAACUCUGGAGAAAAAGUCAAACCGGUGGUCUAAAACGUUGACUUAUGUUCGUAUUUACUUAAAUUGGUGGACUGAUAUGAAAGGCCAGCCUCUGAGGGUAAGAAUAGCAGGAUGUGUUACACCAAGUACUCAUUCAGGUAGUGGACACUUGGAAAUGAUUGAAUUGCCACUUAAUGGGCAUGCAACAUGUAUUGCUUGCUGCAAACGAACUGGAACUUUAGCGGUAGGUCUCUAUAAGCUUGUAAGAAUCUAUAGCUUUAGACCAAAAGUCCAUGAUGUUUCUAAGCUAAAAUUUAGUGAUUUUGAUCUCUUAAUGGACUUGGAAAUAAAUUUUGCUCCUAAAGAAGUGGCAAUUUGUGAAGACAUUAUUGCUGCAAUGAGUCCUAGUCAGGUGCAAGUGUUAAAAGUCUUGCUUGAUAAAGAUGAGCAGUCUUACCAACUUGAGCAUACAUCACAAGAAGUUCCUGAUUUUCAUGCAGACCUGUAUGAAACAGACCAAACAGAUGAGCCUGAUAUCACUGUUGAUGAAAAUUUUGUUGAAUGGCACUUUGAUUCUUGUGACAGCAGUUCAUUAACAAGCCGAGAAUAUGAGAAUAAACUAAAAACAGUAAUACAUUUUAAUUCAUUUCCUAUAACUAUAAAAUUCCAAAGCAUUGAAAUGGCAAAUUCUUCAGAAGAGAGCUAUCUGAAAAUUGAAGAAAUUAAAGGCCCAAGCAAGAAUACUCUUGGUUGUCCAGUAAAAGUUAAUUUGAAUUCAAAACUUGAACAUUGGAACUUCUCAAAUAUUACAAAAUCUGAGGUUAUUACUCUUUUGUAUCGUCACUUUGCACAUGUUGAAGAACAUGGUGGACUUUCAGCUCUGCAUUUGCUACCAUUUUAUGGUGCAGCAAAAGAAACAAAUUUCAAAAUAGAUCCUCUCACUGAAGCGAUGACAUCUGAAGAGCGUCCUCUGUCUUCUGUUCAUAAUCCUCUGCGUUCUAAUUUUUGUGGUCAAAUCAAAAGUAUGUGCUGUUUUUUCACUGGCCCACAAGAAGGUUUCCUCUAUGACAUCACAGAUAAAACCCAGCUAGUGUGCCAAUACCCAUAUACAGCUUAUGUGAAGAGUGUGGCAGUUGAAACAGAAUUACUCCAUGUGCUUACUGAGACAGGCCUGGAAACUUACACUUUCAGACUCACCCACACUGCUGUUUUACACAAUGAAGUUUUGGAUGGUCUAACUAAUGUAGCACCCCAAAUAGAAGAGGCUGUGUGUCUUUUAGGUCUUAGACCUUUUUUAAGUGUAGACCAGCUAAUUAUGUCUGAUAGCCACCUGGUGGUAGUAUCAUCACCUGAUGAUUCACUGUCAAGUACAGAUUCCAUUGAAAAUGGUGGAUUCACUUUGUACUCAUUGAAGAAACCAAGUCCAUGCCAACUGUAUGGAGAUUUGUUAGACAUGGGUCACUGUAACAAGAUCUCAAGUCCUCCAACUUAUCUUCACUUACUGAGUGAGGCUCACAUGAUCCUUCGAGCCCAGUUGUUACUUUAUGGGGAACAAGGUUGUUGUGCCAAGACUAUCAGCUUGUAUAGGACAUCAUGUGGCUUAAUGGGAGACCAUUUUAUCUGUCUUGAAAAUCAACGAGAUUUGAAAACAGGUGUAGCCUACUAUAUGAUGUCUCAGUGGUCUAUUGAAACAGUCACAUUGAGAAUUAUGGAUUUAUAUUCUCAGAAAAAGAGUUCUCAGAUAAUGCAGGGUCUUCUACUUUUCCUAAAUUACAAACUACUGACUAAAAUGUCAGAUGAUUCUCAAGAAAUAUCUCAGUUAGUUGCAGAUGUGAUUGUAGACAUCUUUGCAGAAAAUGAUCCUGAGAAGCUGGGAUAUAUUAUUUUACUCUCCAAGAUGGUUACAUAUAAAACAGAAAAAGCUAUUCUAAUUUUAAAGAAGAGGCUGACUCAUAAGAAAAGUCACUCUGGCUUGAACACUGGGGCCAUAGAUACACUAGCCAUAUGCCUGUUGUUUCUGAGAGAAGGAAAUGCAGAAGCUGCUCAGAAAAUGCUGCUCUCUCUUGGAAAGGAAGAUAUGAUUACAGCCACAACAAAAGUUCAUCAAGUUAUUGUAUCUAAUAGCAGUCUUACUCCUCUUGGCCAACUUAUUAAACAAAUUCGACCUGAAGUCUUCUCGGAAUUCUUAUUAUGUCUAGUUCGACAGAAAACUAUUACACCAGAAGAAGCAGUAGCAAUUUUGCAGUCAGAAGCACCAGGGAGAGAAUUUUACCAAGUUCCAUUACUCAGGGAUUUUCUUGAAUCUUUCCUCAGUGAAAGGAAAAUCUCACCAGAUUCACACAGUGAAAAUGAAGAUUUGGUGAUACUUUUAGCUCGAGUCUACCUGCGACGUCUUACUCAGAUGUCUUCUUCAAGUCAUCACACUAGUGGCACUUCUGGCAUGAGUAAGUCAUCAUCCAUAUUUGGAACCAGGCAGAUGUGGUUGAAGGAAAUGCCCCCAUUUAAUGGACUUAGUGUUAGUCGAACAUGCACAGCACAUCAUCGAGGUGGCAUGCAACAAGAAAUUGAAGAACAGUGUUUAUGUUGGUCUUGUAACCAAUAUUUGUUGAGGUUACAAUCACUGCUGUGUUCUCCAUAUAAUACCUCCAAAGUCAAGACACAACUGCAUGAUGUGAUUGAGAAACUCACACUUUCUGUAAGAGGACGCCUUAGUCUCAAGGUGUUGUGUUCUGAGAUGGAAGAGGCCUUGUUGUUGCUUAUCCAACAGUGCCCUAAACCCCUCUUGCUUUAUGCACGUGAUAAUAUUGGUGAUAAUCCAGAUGAAUGGUGUAAGCUGUACAGAACAGUGGACAAGAUAUUGAAAGAAAUUCCAAGAAGAAAAGACAUAAUUGAAGCCCAUGAAGGUGUAAUAGCCCAUUUAGCAGAACUAUUGUCUCCGAAAUCAUUUCUUCAGCUAUUGCCAGAUGAUGGAGCCACAGUGUACCUCCCUCAUGUUAAAAGAUGUUUGGAGAAACAAAAGGCCAGUGAGCUCAAAGAAAAAAUUGUAGGGCUUGGCAUUGAAAUUAGUGAGAUGUUGUGAUUAAUUUGUCAUAAAAGUAGUAUGUAAUAAUUUCUUACCAUUUGUGAAAUACACAAAUUUGUGGUAAUAUCUUUUUUUUUUAACUUCUCUUCUUCAAGUAUGACACUGAAAUAAAUUUAUUAACAAUGUCUUUAUGCUCCUAACUGUAGAAUUCUAAAAACAAAAUAAAUAAAUAGAGUAAUAUCCCUAUUUUAAGAAAUCGUGUUGCUUAGAUUUUGAACAUAGGCAAUUUAAAGUUCAUUGUAGCUGGCAUGCACCAUAAUUAAUCUCUUGGUUGUAGAGAGAGAGAGAAAAGUCAAUAGCUAAACUUAUUAAACUUUUUUUUUUUAGUGAUGAAAAUGUUUUUGACAGUUUAAUAUUUGAAGUAUUGUAAUACCUUGGAUACAUUUAAAUUUCUUUACAGAAAGUACAUAGUUGGUGUAUUACAUAAAGUUACAUCUUCAAGCUUCAAUUUUUAAGAUUUUUUUCAAUUCUGUAUACUUUUAUGUAUAGAAAGUGAAGAAUAUUGUAUUUUCUGUGUUUCUAAUAAGAUUCAGUAACAAUAAGGUACUUAUGAAAUCUGUUUGGUUAAAUUUUGUUUUAUCACCAGUUUUAAUUAUAUAUCUCAGUCAUGUUAAUUUAUCAUUUUGUCAUGUAAAGAAUACCUGUUUCAUCUUUAAAUAAACUUUUGCUGUCAAGUAAGCAUGGUUUUGAGCCAAUUCUUUGAUUAACACAAGUUUGUGUGUGUCUAAUCUAAUUAAAUUUAUUAGAUUGGAGGAAUGAAUCUUGAUUUAAACGUGUAGUUUUGGAAGCAGCUUUUUUAUAUUAAGGUUGUUCGAUUAAUUAUAUAAAAUUGCACCAUUGUUUGUAACUUAAUCCCCAAACUAUUUCUGGCAUUAAUGUUAUUGUACGUUGUUGUGUACAGCUUGUAAGAAAAAAAUUGACUGAAACAAUAUCAUAAAUUUACUAUCCAGUAAUACAGACGCUAAAUAUUGCGUUUUAGAAGUAUUUGUUAUGCUCUCAUGAAGCAUCAAGAUGGAGCAUGUAAUGACACUUAUUAAGAAAUGUGCUUUAAAAAUAACCAUAUGGAUACACCUUUAAAAGAAGAUUAAAUGACUUAUUUUAAAAAACACAUGAAGGUUAUACCUUUUAAAGAAUGCAUUUAUGAAAUAUUCUUUUAAAGCUUUCUUCAAAAUUCAUUGUUUUUUAUACAAGACUUAAUAAAAUGUAAUAAUAUGCAAAAUACCUUCACCAUUUUCUAAAACAACCUUUAUUAUUUUCCUUCUAUUCAGAGGCAUUGCUAGGUACUUAAACGAUCUGGGCCUUGGGCCCAUAAUUGUUGGAAUGUUCGGUAUUUCAGUACGACAUUGAUUAUAAUUUUUUUUUCUCAUUUUUCAAGACAUCAACAACUGGGAAUUUGGGGCACUGACAAAUAUAAUUGGGGCAAGCCCCAUGUGCCAGUGAUGCCUUUGCUUCUAUUUAGCCUUUCUUUUUUUUCACUUUAUCUAUGCAACUCUAGAUCUAAGAAAUAUUUGUAUCAGAUUUUUUCUUAUCAGGUUCGACUUGUAUUAUAAGUCAAAUACAAAUCUAGAAAACCUCAAACCUUCUUUUCAGUCAUUGGUUGUGACCAGUUUUGUAUUGAGUUUGAAGAUAUGUCAUUUCUCUCUCAAUAGAUACGUAAAUAUACUGAUAACUUACAAAAUUCCAUUUCUUUGCCUAUAGCUUUACUAUAAUCGCUCGUACUUCUGCACAGAAACUCUUGAAAGAGUUCUACCAAAUACUAGCUCCUAUUCCUUGUAGAUUAGACAGAGUUCCCAUUGGAGUUUGUCAAAAAUUAGUUUCAUUAAUAUUUCAAUAACUAGAGAUCUGCACUGUACAAAUAGCAUCACUUUUAAUUCAAACAAACCUCUGCUAUAGGAAGAAGCAAUCUUAGGCCUUUGACUUCUAUGAGUUCCACUUGCCAACAUCUAAAAGUCAGGUCAAGAGAACUAGAACAUUAGGCCUUUAUCAGAUUACCAAAGUAUUUAUUCUUCAUAGAUGGAGAUAAUGUACCUCAUGACUUUUAUGAAAGAGCCUAGAAGUGUUCUAUUGUUGAUUUCAUUCUUUAAGGCAGUUUGGUACAGUUAUCCAACAGAGCUGCUUCACUAAAGAGGUAUCUGUUAUGUUGAUAAGAUUUUGUGAAUUCCUUCUUAUUUAAUACAGUCAACUUCACAUUCACCCACCAAGUCAUUAAGGAGCUUAGUGACAUUGCUUAAGCUAUUGGAGUGGAAUUUCUAAUGUGACAGACAUUCUUCUCAGCUAUUUCUCUAUAGUCCCUGGAGAAUAAUAAACUCAUCAGUGUCCUGACUUUCUUUCCCCUGAAAAACAGUUCUUAUAAUAGCUGCUCAGAAUCAAACCAUAUUCUGCCUGAAGUUAGCAGUUUUGACUUUAAAAUUGGCUUCAUUUCACUUUUGACCUAACUUUCUCAUCACAUGAUGUUAAAGCAAAAUCUUAAAGUAAGUUGGGUUUCUUUAAGGUUCUCAUACUCUCCAAGCCCUGCAGUAUCCUAUGGUUUUAAAUUGAAAUUCCUAAGCUUGGCCCAUAAUUUUUUGUACAAUAAGUACUUGUUUCAAAUUCAAUCGAAAAUACCAAAAUCAACUACAAUUUUAGUGACCCUGUAAGGACCCAAGUCACAGCUUCUCCAGUCUCUCUUUUUUUUGUAUCUCCUUUUGCUAACCAUACAUAAGUUAGAAGAUGACUACUAUGGAUAUUAUAUCUUUCUUAUCCACAUAAAAGGUCACUGUACUGCUGUCAUUAAUACCAACUUCUUUAAAUGAGAAUAUUUUCUUUAUUGCUUAGACCAUGAUUACAUUGUCUUUCAGCAUCUUGAUUCAUAAUGUGGAUCAGGCCAACUACAAGUGUACCUCUUAACUUAGGUAUGAGGUUCUGUUUAUGGUUGCUAGGUCUUGCUACUGUUUGGUGGACAAAUCCAGAAUAAGUGAUUGGGUGAGCCACAAAUUUAGCAUACUAUAAAUGUCCAAUUCCUUCUUAAUAGAGAAUGUUGGUGAGACAGCAAAUAUUGGCUGCAUUAUAUUUGACCUUUUCCAAAAAAAGUGACACUACCAAAGAAUUCUGGUAGGAUGGCCAACCAUUAUUAAGUCUCAUUGAGUACCUAACACAUCAUUGCCAAUGGUUUAGACAACCUUCUGAUUGACUUUAGCCAUUUGUAAGUCACUUCUGGAGUUGGGUUUCUUUUUGCCCCAUUUAAGGUUCAAAAGGGGAAAGCCUUUGAUAGGUGUUAUGUCAUUAGAACUAUUUCUUAUCAUGCUGAUAUUUAAUAAAAAGUCUGUUUGUUGAAACAGUUUGAAUAUUAGAAUAUUUUCUUUUCUUAGAUAGGAGUCUUUGUUGAUUGUUUAUGAUGAACAAGCAUGAUAAAUUAAAAUUAUUUUUCAAUGUUUUGUUUACAUAUAAGGAUAUUUUAAUUUAGCAAUUUUCAAAUAUAAAUUAUAAAAGGAGUCCAAAUAUGGAAGAGGGAAUGCUUUUGAUAAAGCUUUUUGAAAAAAACUGACCGAGAGUCUAAUCUUUUACUUUUGUUUGGCUUAAAAGUUACUUUGGGACUAAAGAUGUUUUACAUAAUUUGCUCAGAACUGUAUGUUUUCUAAACUUAAGGGGUGUUGCACAAAAUGUUGUUUUAUAUAUAUAGCUUAUAAAAAUAUGCUUGCUUAUUAUCAAUAAAUUACGUUUCAUAAAGUAAAAAUGGUUUAACUAUACUUUUAAUGUAAAUUUUGGAAAAGUUAUUUUCUGAUAUUUUGUAUAGAAUUGAAAAGUACAAAUCAAUUAAAGGACAAUUGGAGUUUUUGAUUUUAUAGCUAUAGCAAUGUCAAGGAAAAUGCUGUAAUAAAAAAAUAAUAACAGUGGCACUUAGGAGUUAAUUUUUAUACAAAACAAGUAUCAAGCAACAGCUUGUGUACUAAUAUCUGAAUUGUCUACUACUGAAGUCCAUGUUUACAUAUGCUCAUUCAGUAUUAUACACAUUGCAAUCCAAUAAACGUUCUUUCUUAACAAGGCAUUAAAAUGACAUGCUUAAAAUGAAUUGAUCAUUGGGGUACUAUGACCCAUUCCUUCAUCAACACUGUUUGAGGGUCAAGCAUCUCACACAUGUUGAAUCAGACUAAAGUCUGGGGAGGGUGCUGAACAGUCAGUUAACUCAAUACUGUCUUCUUCCAGGAAGCUGCUAACCAUUUCAGCAUAUUAGGGUCAUGCAUAAGGAAGAUCUUCCCAACUGCACCUCCAUAUGGCAUCGUUAAUGGUUGUAAGACAAAAAUCUUACAUUCUGUGAUAUAUAUAUAUAUAUAUAUAUAGUGUUGUAUCAGAAUAUGUAAAGGUCAGCAUUGUCAUUGAUACUGAUCUAUCCAUACCCUAGUCAGCAUGCCACCACUGCCAUAUGCACUUCUUUCCUCCUUGGAGUUGGAUCUGGUGUCAUCCAAUCUCAAAAUAUACAGUAGUCAUUUCACAUCCAGCUGUACUAUAAAGUGUCAUUUAUCUGAGAACAAAAAUAGGAAAUCCUACCUAAAAAGUUUUCAAAAGGUGGACCUCGCAUGCAGUGAGAUCAAUCCAUAUGUUCUUUAUCCAACUGAUGAUGGGUUAUUUUGUGGUAAUGGAUUAGAGGAACACAUACCACUGGCCACCUGAAAUAUGGACCAAUCUUAUGAAGUCUAUUUCUGAUAACUUACAAAUUGUUUCUUUGUCCAAAUGCUGCUCUGAAUUGUCAAAUCAGUAGGGAAACUGCUACCUACUAGUAGCAUUGAGCUCAUAUUGUUAAAUAGCAGUCAUCUUACAGGGAUGUUGACAAAUGACUACCCUGUCCAGGCCUCUGACCACCUAUUCACCAAAACUUUCUACCUUACACAUACUUUAUUAAUAAGAAUGACCAGUUGACGUAGAUGACAAAAGCAUUCUGGGAGAGUUACCCUUAUUCGAAUGCAAAAGCAGGAGUUGAUUUUUUUCAGUGUAGAUCUUGUUUUCAGCAAGCAUUCCACUGACUUAAUAUGUAAUGUUUUUAUUUUCAAACUUUUUAUUCAGGUCUUUUCUUUUGAUCCAGUCAAAUCAAAAUUAAUAAGUCACUCUACAACACAUUUUCUGAUGAAUCUUCUGUUAGAGCAAUUAAACUUUGCUCUAGGGAAU